AUGUCAAUCACUUCAACCAGCGGCCUCAUGUCAAACUACUCCCGUCUUUCCGAGCACCGCUCCUCCACCGAGGAGGAGAAUGAGAAGGAUAUGCAUCUGCGCCUGCAAUCCGAUGUCGAAGCUGCCGAGAGUCUGAAUCGCCGGACGGCGACAGCAGACAAGAAGGCCUCGAAAUGGAUUGACGGACGUACCGUCUCCGAUGCCAUUAUCGGUCUUUCAGACGGCAUGACAGUUCCAUUUGCCCUCACUGCGGGUCUGUCAGCUCUGGGCGACACCAAGGUGGUUGUUUUUGGCGGCAUGGCGGAGCUUAUCGCGGGUGCCAUCUCUAUGGGCUUGGGUGGCUACCUUGGCGCAAAGAGCGAAGAGGAAUCCUACAAAGCUACUCUCAAGGAGACCGAAACCCAAACAAUGACCGACCCCGCCUCCAUUUCCACCACCAUCGAGGAGAUCUUCGAGCCCUAUGAGCUGCCCAGCGAACUCGUCUCCCAAUUGACCGGCCAUCUCGCCGCCUCCCCCAUGCUCCCAUCUUUCCUUAUGAACUUCCACCACACUCUUCCCGAACCUUCUGGCUCCCGUGCCGUCAUCUGCGCCCUGACUAUCGCCCUUGGCUACUUCAUUGGCGGUUUCGUACCUCUCUUGCCUUAUUUCUUUGUCGGUCCCCACGAUGCUUUUGUCGCGCUGCGCUGGUCCAUUGCCACAAUGGCCGUUGCUCUGUUCCUCUUUGGUUAUGGCAAGACCUGCUUCGUGAGCGGAUGGAGUGGGCGCAGGAAUGUGCGCAAGGGCGUGAUCGGUGGAUUCCAAAUGGUGCUAGUGGGUGGUGUGGCAGCCGGAUCAGCCAUGGGACUGGUCAAGGCGUUCCAAGCACUGGCAAAUGGGCAUGAACAUGCCAAACAAGACUAA